AUGACGGCYCCAACUCCAACAACCCGAGUCUUCGCCGGCGUCACUUUAAUCGACACCCCGCUCAUCCAAGCCUCCCUCGAAUAUGCUCGUCAAAACAACGAUGCCAUGUCCUUCAACCACGUCUACCGGUCCUGGGUCUUCGGCGCAAUCCUCGCCUCCAAAAUCCCACACUUCGCAAAUAUAAACCGCGAGAUCCACGCCGUAUCAUGCAUCCUCCAUGAUCUAGCCUGGGACCACACGAGCCCAUUCGCGACGGCAGACAAGCGCUUCGAAGUCGACGGCGCAAAUGCAACCCGAGAGUUCUUGAACCGGGCGGCACCGCAUUUCACUCCGCGAGAGGUGCAGCUAGUGUGGGAUAGCAUUGCUCUACAUACCACGACGAGUAUUGCGCAGCACAAGGAAGGAGAAGUUGCGCUGUGUAAUAUGGGGAUCACGGUUGAUUUUAUGGGACCGGCAUUUCCUGGAGGCUUGAUUACUCAGGAAGAAUAUGAUGCCGUUGUUGAGGCGCUUCCACGGCUUGAGUUCGAGGAAUCUGUCAAGAAGCUUCUGUGUGGGCUGUGUGUGCAUAAGCCGGAGACGACUUACGAUAAUUUCUUGAGGGAUAUCGGGGAGCGUUUUGUUGAAGGGUAUACUGUUGGGCCUUCGUUAGUGGACUUUGUAUUCUCUUAA